UUUUUUUUUUUAAGAAAAAAUGGACGAAAAAGUCUUGCCAAAGUUCGUCUUGCCUUCCCCCAAAUUCGCCAGGACCGAAAAUGAGGCAAACAGGACAACAAUGCACUAUUUGACGCCCAGUGGCAUGACACUGCUGCCCCGCGCCAAGCAGCCCCCGCCGAUGUACGGCGCUCGAGGCAGCACAGUACCAGCCAAAUAUCUACCCGUCGAACAGAGCCCGAUUACAUCCAUGCCAUGCCAUGCUCCACCGAUUUACAAAUCUCCGCCCCGUCCCGAGCACUGUCACAACUGUGGCAUGGAGCUGGCCAACGCGCAGGACAUGAGGCGACAUUUGGAGCAGCAUGAGACAUGUCCCGCAGAGGAUUGCGACUUUGCCGCCCUGCACAACAUAGUGGAGCGCCAUAUUGAAGCUAACCACAUAACUGGGCUGUAUACGAAAGUGAAAAGGGUGUGGACAGCCGAAGAUACAGCCGCCUGGCGGGCAGAACGGAGAAAGAAAUUUCCCACGGCAGCGAAUGUGGAACUGGCCAAGCGUGCCAAGGAACAGCGCCUCAAACGCGGGGAGCGCCUGGAGGCUUCCAAAUCUCGUUUUGGCAGACGCGAAGAUCGGGCACGUACGCGACCCAACAGCUAUCAAGAAAAGCGACCCAAAUCUAACAAAAAGGGUAAAGGAAAGAGCCAACACGUGGACAAGAAGAAGGCGGAUGAAAAUAUUCGCAAAGAAACAGAUGCCUUGCAAGAGGAAACCUCGCAUGUAAGUGGCACAGGCGUGCCCAUGUUUCGCGGAACCGGACAAAUGUUAGACUACGAGCAUUUCAAAGAUAACGUACAGGACAAGGAAAAUGUUCUAUGUGGCCUCUUGGGAAUGUACGGCUCGGAUAGUGAAGACAGCGAGAUUGAGGCCGAAGAAGGAAACCGAAGUCAAGGGCAGAAAAGUCCCCAAUUGGAGACAGUACGGCGUCUAGACAGCCCAGAGUGCAGUACACUGGAGAAUGAAAGUUCUAGGGCUGAUCCAAUAGCCCCAAAUACAGCUGUCCAAAAAAACACCCCCGAAACUUCUGAGGAGCCCAUCAUCAGUUCAGAGGACCUGGACCUGCUCAAGGAAAACAACUGCUCUUCUGAUGAGGCACCUGAUGAAGCGCCCAUUCAGCGCGUAACCGAAUCAAUAUCAGAGCCGGCUAUAACCAAACCUCAAUUCGUCGAGCCGAAACCCGGACCCUCCCGAAAACCAGCUGCUCCGAGGGCACAGAAGCGUAUUUCCGGUCUCAACUACAAUCGAGCCCGUAAAACGACGAAACAGAAUACAAUGCUCUCCAAGCUGUUGGCCGUCGAUAUCCGCCAUGAGCGCAAUGUCCUGCUGCAGUGUGUGCGCUAUGUGUGCGAGAACAACUUCUUCGGCAUCGGAGCAAGCGAAAAUAAAGAUCAAGUGAAGAAUAGUUGAAUAUACGUAAUUAUUAUUCCUAUUCUGCUUACGAGUAUGUAGUUGUGAUAAGCUGAAACGCAGAAUUUCAGUUGCUUAAUUGUGUACCAUCGAAUAGAGUUGUACAAUAAAAUACUCCCACGCUGGAGACAUUUAUAAGCUGCCAGUCUCUCCACCAGGCUCAGCCGUUUCUAGCAUUCAA